CUCACUUGGAACUUAACCACAGACCCAAAAAAAAUGAUAAGCCUUAGGAUUCAACCCUGCACCGCCGGUGUUUUAUCGGCGUCAGUCAGCCGCGCCGGUUAUAUCAAGCAGUGCGGUUCGACUAAACCGGGAAGAACCUUCCGGUUCGGAACGAUGGCAAUGGCGGCGAGUCCUCCUCUCGAAAUCUGCGUCAAAGCAUCUAUCACUACUCCCAAUAAGCUCGGAGACUGCCCAUUUUGCCAAAGGGUGUUGUUGACUAUGGAGGAGAAGCACGUCCCUUAUGACAUGAAAAUGGUGGAUUUGAGUAACAAACCAGAAUGGUUCUUGAAGAUUAGUCCAGAAGGUAAAGUACCAGUGGUGAAGUUUGAUGAGAAAUGGGUUCCAGAUUCGGAUGUUAUAACACAGGCUUUGGAAGACAAGUAUCCUGAACCUCCUCUUGCAACCCCACCUGAAAAGGCUUCAGUUGGGUCGAAGAUCUUUUCCACAUUUAUCGGUUUUCUCAAGAGCAAAGAUUCAGGAGAUGGAACUGAGCAAGUUUUCCUGGAUGAGCUUAGUACAUUCAACGACUAUAUCAAGGACAAUGGGCCGUUCAUAAAUGGAGAGAAGAUUUCAGCAGCAGAUUUGUCAUUGGCACCAAAGUUAUACCACAUGAAGAUUGCAUUGGGACAUUUCAAGAACUGGUCUGUUCCAGAUUCACUUUCUUUCGUUAAAUCAUACAUGGAGAAUGUUUUCUCGAGGGAAUCAUUCACGAACACACAGGCGCAAACAGAGGAUGUAAUUGCUGGUUGGAGACCAAAGGUGAUGGGUUAAGAGAUUUAGAAGUUGACCUCAAGAGAUCAUCACUCAUCUUCUUUGUCUUCUACUAAAUGUAAAAAAACAAAACAUAAUAAUCAAAUCUUCUUCACCACCUAUAAGUUAUAAUCUAGUAUAUGUACAACUUUACUUAUAUUGUGGAUAAGAUUGCAUUGCAUACAAGUUUUUUA